AAACCUCUCCAAAAAAGAAAAAAAGAUUCCUCUGGAUUACAUUUCUUGGGAGUCUAAGGCACGCUCCUCCUUGCUGCCCAGGCCUGUCUGUCCAAGUGGGGUCAGCGCUUCAUAGACUGCCCUGGGGGCCUGUCUCUGCUCCAUCACCCAUAGCGCGUACACCCGGAGUUGGCCGUUCUCUGGGAGGUGCCCGUUCCGUUUGUUUCCCAAUUGGCUGACAUCUCCUUGUCGCUUCUGUGCCCAACCCCGUAGAAAGCGUCGUCCCAGGGCUGCUCUUUGUCCUCGGCUAUGUGCUGCAUGACUCUGACCUGCUCUGGAAGCCUUUCGAGUCACACUGGGGGAGGGCAGGCUCUGUGCCGUAGGGAUUUGCCAUUUUCUGGAUCAGAGGAACACAAAAAGUACAUCUUCCCUUGUUUCCACAAACUUCCAGAGUGCUCCUGUGGGCCAGAUCCCGUGCUGGGCCAGCGAGGGAGCACCAGGAGGAGUGGGCCUGAUCUCUGUCAUCAGACCAGCGUCCAUCUCCAAGAGAGCAUGAAGAGAGUGCGUCUGUAGGGCAGGGAAGAUGGCGGACAAGCGCAAACUCCAAGGUGAGAUUGAUCGCUGCCUCAAGAAGGUGUCCGAGGGCGUGGAGCAGUUUGAAGAUAUUUGGCAGAAGCUCCACAAUGCAGCCAACGCAAACCAGAAGGAGAAGUAUGAGGCUGACCUCAAGAAGGAGAUCAAGAAGCUACAGCGGCUAAGGGACCAGAUCAAGACAUGGGUGGCGUCCAACGAGAUCAAGGACAAGAGGCAGCUCAUAGACAACCGCAAGCUCAUCGAGACGCAAAUGGAACGGUUCAAAGUUGUGGAACGAGAGACCAAAACCAAAGCGUAUAGCAAGGAGGGCCUGGGCCUGGCCCAAAAGGUGGACCCCGCCCAGAAGGAGAAGGAAGAGGUUGGCCAGUGGCUCACGAACACCAUCGACACCCUAAACAUGCAGGUGGACCAGUUUGAGAGUGAGGUGGAGUCCCUAUCGGUGCAAACACGCAAGAAGAAGGGGGACAAGGAUCAGAAGCAGGACCGGAUCGAGGGCUUGAAGCGGCACAUCGAGAAGCACCGCUACCACGUGCGCAUGCUGGAGACCAUCCUGCGCAUGCUGGACAACGACUCCAUCCUGGUCGACGCCAUCCGCAAGAUCAAGGACGACGUCGAGUACUACGUCGACUCCUCCCAGGACCCGGACUUCGAGGAGAACGAGUUCCUCUACGACGACCUGGACCUCGAGGACAUUCCACAGGCGCUGGUCGCCACCUCCCCCCCCAGCCACAGCCACAUGGAGGACGAGAUCUUCAACCAGUCCAGCAGCACACCCACCUCGACCACUUCCAGCUCUCCCAUCCCACCCAGCCCAGCCAACUGCACCACGGAAAACUCUGAAGAUGAUAAGAAGAGGGGACGCUCAACGGACAGCGAAGUCAGCCAGUCUCCUGCCAAGAACGGCUCCAAGCCUGCACACAGCACCCAGCACCCUCAGUCCCCAGCUGUGCCACCUGCCUACCCUCCUGGCCCCCCGCCCGCUGCCUCUGCCUUGAGCACCACCCCUGGCAACAAUGGGGCCCCCGCCCCUACUGCAGCUCCAAGUGCCCUGGGCCCCAAGGCCAGUCCAGCUCCCAGCCACAACUCGGGCACCCCUGCCCCCUACGCCCAGGCUGUGGCCCCACCAGCACCCAGCGGACCCAACAGUGCCCAGCCCCGGCCCCCCAGCGCCCAGCCUAGCGGGGGAGGCAGUGGAGGUGGCAGCGGCGGCAGCAACAGCAGCAGCAGUGCAGGGGGCGGCGCUAACAAGCAGAACGGAGCCACCAGUUACAGUGCAGUCGUGGCUGACAGCCCAGCGGAGGUGGCUCUGAGCAGCAGUGGGGCCAACAGCGCCAACAGCCAGGCUCUGGGUGCCCCAUCCGGCCCCCACAACCCACCUCCCAGCACCUCGAAGGAACCCAGCGCAGCAGCCCCAGCAGGGGCCGGGGGCGUGGCCCCAGGCUCAGGGAACAACUCGGGACCCAGCCUCCUGGUGCCACUGCCUGUGAACCCCCCCAGCUCCCCGACUCCCAGCUUCAGUGAGGCCAAGGCAGCCAGCACCCUGCUCAAUGGGCCUCCGCAGUUCAGCGCUGCCCCAGAGAUCAAGGCCCCUGAGCCCCUGAGCUCCUUGAAGUCCAUGGCAGAGCGGGCCGCCAUCAGCUCUGGCAUCGAGGACCCUGUGCCAGCGCUGCACCUGACGGAGCGAGACAUCAUCCUGAGCAGCACGUCGGCACCUCCAGCCUCAGCCCAGCCGCCCCUGCAGCUGUCGGAGGUGAACAUCCCACUCUCACUGGGCGUGUGUCCUCUGGGGCCUGUGCCCCUCACCAAGGAGCAGCUCUACCAGCAGGCCAUGGAGGAGGCCGCCUGGCACCACAUGCCGCACCCCUCGGACUCUGAGCGCAUCCGGCAGUACCUGCCCCGGAACCCCUGCCCGACGCCCCCCUACCACCACCAGAUGCCGCCCCCACACUCGGACACCGUGGAGUUCUACCAGCGCCUGGCACGAAGGCACAGUACCUGGCAGCCAAGGCCCUCAAGAAGCAGUCAUGGCGAUUCCACACCAAGUACAUGAUGUGGUUCCAGAGGCACGAGGAGCCCAAGACCAUCACGGAUGAGUUCGAGCAGGGUACCUACAUCUACUUCGACUACGAGAAGUGGGGCCAGCGGAAGAAGGAAGGCUUCACCUUCGAGUACCGCUACCUGGAGGACCGGGACCUCCAGUGACACUGGCCCUUUCUCCACCCACCCCUCCCCCGCAUGCUGACCCCCCUGCCCAGGUGAGGGCCCAGGCCAUGGGGCGCCCCUCUCCCACAGGAAGCAAGGAAGGGGCGGAGAGGUUUUCUCUUCCUCUAGCCCCACCCUGGGGGCCCGGGGGCGGGGACUGCCCCCUCCUCCCUCCCCAGAGAGGGACAUUUUUUGGUAAACCUAUUUUCAUUUUGGAAAAUAUUUAUGAAUAAAUAGUUUUAUAUGA